AUGAGGACGACAGAGGAACCGACAGAGGACCUGAACAGAGGACCUACAGAGGACCUGACAGAGGACCUACAGCUUUCAAAAAGACGUCGUACAGAGGUUGCAGACGGCUCGCAGUCUCCAGUCUCCUGCCUGAGUCCCAUUCUGAGUCCCACCACCAUCCACACACUCGGCAGAAUCUUCAUCAGACUCUGGGCCACUGUCCUCCUCUUCCUCGCUUUCAGUCUUCAUCACUCUCUCAGGGACAGCCAGCUCUUCUCGGUGAACACGCGGGUAGAGCACAUCUGUGACAGCCAGUUUGGAAAGUUUGAACCAGAAACUGUACCAUGCCCUGACAACGGCCACUACACACUGUACGAGUCAAUCAGAGGAGAGGACACUGGCCAAUCCCACUACACACUGUACAGGCCAAUCAGAAGAGGGGACGCUUACGACUUCCCCGCUAGAGUGUACGGACCAAUCAGAGGAGAGGACACUGGCCAAGCCCACUACACACUGUACAGGCCAAUCAGAAGAGGGGACGCUUACGACUUCCCCGCUAGAGUGUACGGACCAAUCAGAGGAGAGGACACUGGCCAAUCCCACUACACACUGUACAGGCCAAUCAGAAGAGGGGACGCUUACGACUUCCCCGCUAGAGUGUACGGACCAAUCAGAGGAGAGGACACUGGCCAAGCCCACUACACACUGUACAGGCCAAUCAGAAGAGGGGACGCUUACGACUUCCCCGCUAGAGUGUACGGACCAAUCAGAGGAGGAGACACUGAAUGUCGGACUGAAGACCUCACGGAGCUGUCCCUCCGUAUGGCUCUGAGCUUGGCCCCUUCAUGCCAUGCUCUGCUGAACUAG